AGUAUCGAUUGCUGUGAGUUAUCGAGGCACGCAGUCGGUGUGCUCGAUUAAAAAAGGCUGGGAAUGCAGUUUAAAAGCCGUUUCGGCCUCUGGUCACACCUGGCAUUUCGCAAAAUCCAAUUUGUUUAAACAAAACAGAGAGCGCCCGUUCGGAAAAUCGCGGUUACUUGAAAAAUGCAAAACACAGCUUAGCGCGCGGAAAAUCGCGAACUGCGUGCAACGGUAAUUUGGUCGCUUUUCCCAGGGGAAAGCGAGUGGCAAACAAAAGCAGCGCGAGUGAAAAAAAUCAAUUUGGUGGCACAAGCAGUGGCAAGAAGCAGAGCCAAGACGCAAGAGAACUGCUUGCGGAUGAUGUGAUGAUACAGAUAUACAUAGCAUGUACAUAUAUACAGGCUAUAUAUACAUCUGGAGUUUGUGUUCAAAUUAAGGCAAUUAAAACAUAGCGGAUUUUCGCCCGUUCGCUGCUGCGAAUGUUUGAGUCUCUGUUUUCCAAAUAAUGUUUAUACUUGUGUGCCUGCGCAAGUUUUAUUUGAUGUUUUUAUGCUGCGUGUGAUUUAUGACAUUUAACGGGAGUACAUAUGUGUACAUGUGUGUACAUACCACAUAUGCACCCCCGUGCGCGUGUGUGUGUGUGUGCCUGUCUGUUUGUAUCUCCCUCUCACUCCCACUCGCACGACAAUGCGAGGGUGACUGAAGAAAAAAACUCCACUCCUUCCAUCUAAAAAUAGGAGAACUACACAAAUUGUGUGCAAAUUAUGUGCAGCAUAUAGAAAACCAAGCGAAAUACCCAUUGCUAAUCCGCAUCUCUGCCUUCCCACUCAUUUUCCACCCACACACACGGGCAAACACACGAAAAACCGCAACAAACACAACAGCAAAAGAGUGACCAUGAAAAUGCCAGCGAGAAAUUCGCGAAAAUCAAUGAGCAAAAGCAGCGGCUCAUAGUAAUAACUAAUACCAGAGCUGAACCAAGUGAAAUUCGAGGCUGGAAUUCGUUAUGCUGCAGUGCCCAUCGUCGGAUUAAAAAGCGGGCGGAGACCCCAGGUUGAACCCCCCGCCCCCAGUGAUUAACCCCCGGCCGCACUAACACCCUCCCCCCACCCCCCCUCUGUCGCCAUGGAUGGCCAGCGGGCCAGGGACCUCCUGACCCUCCUCCAGGAACGGGUCGUCUUCCUCACGGGCGGACGGGACCGGCGCGGCGGACCGCUCCUCUGCUUCCCGGCCACGCCCCGUCGCGACCGCCUCAAGCCGGAGGAUCUGCGGCGACUCCUCAGCUACCUGAUCAGCAUUCCCAGCGACGCCGCCAAGAACCUCGGAUUCACAGUCAUCAUUGACAUGCGAGGCAAUGGCAACUGCUCGACCAACGUGAAGACGAUACUGAAGGUGCUGCAGGAGCACUUCAGCGCGAAUAUCCACAACGUGGUGAUCAUCAAGCCGGACAACUUCUGGCAGAAGCAGCGAGCCUCGAUCUCCUCGCACAAGUACAAGUUCGAGACGACGACGGUGUCGAUUGAAUCCCUCAACAAAAUCGCCGAGAGCCACCAGCUGACCGGUGACUUUGAGGGCCAGCAGCUGUACGAUCAUCAGCAGUGGACGGACGCCCGGCUGGCCAUCGAGGACUUCUUCUGGCAGGCCGGGGACAUGGCCGAUCGGAUCGACGAUCUGCAGGAGGACCUCAACCGCAACGACUUUGCCGAGGACGUGCCGCUGGCCAGGCACGCCAUCGAUCACCACAACGAGAUGCGCAAGAAGAUCACCAAGCUGCCCAUCGAGGACCUCGACAUGCAGGGCAAGAAGCUGCUGGCCAAGAUCAACGCGAUGGCCCCGCCAGGCGGUCAGGCCCCCGCAAAUUCUGGAGGAUCGGAUAUGGACUCGGGCCCCUCCUCCGCCGGACAGCAGUCCCAGCCGUCGCAGCAAACCCGUUCGGUGGGCGGCAAUCCGGACAUGUCCGCCGCCGUGAACAAAGCCCUGCGGCAGAUCGAACUCAUCCACACCGGGCAGGAGAAAUUGCUGAUGCUGUGGCAGCACAAGAAGGUGAAGCUGGACCAGUGCUUCCAGUGGCGCCUGUUCGAACAGGACUGCGAGAAGAUGUUCGACUGGAUCUUGCACAACCGCGAUGUGUUCCAGAUGAGCUACGUGGAGAUUGGGCACAAUUACUCGGUGGCCAAGUCUCUGCAGGAUGAGCACCAGAAGUUCGCCGUUGCAUCCAUGAAUGUGUCCGUGAAUAUCGAUAGGAUUUUGGCCGUGGCAGCUCGGCUGAUCGAAAGUCAGCAUUAUGCGGCGCAGCACAUUAAAACGCUGGCUCAACGCUUGGAUCGAACUUGGAAGGACUUUGCCGCGGGCUUGGAUGAGAGAACAGCUGUCCUGCAGCUGAGUGUCCUAUUCCACCACAAGGCAGAACAGUACUGCAACAGCGUGGCCAGCUGGGCAGCCGCAUGUCAGGCCUCGCAGCCUCUACCCUCGGAUAUCCAGAGCUUGGAAACGGCCAUCCGAACGCAUCAAUCCCUGUAUGAGGCUAUGUGCCAAGCGUACACCGAGGUUCACUCCACGAGCAAGAAGCUUCUCUAUCAGCUGGACCACUUGGUGCAGGUCUGCAAUCAACCUCCGCCGCCUGGUGUCCCCGAUCACCGAAAGAACAGCAACGGCGGCAGUUUUAACAAGUACGAGAGACAGAAUCCUGCAGCGGAUUACAGCGAAGGCGCCAGUCAUGUAUUGGCUGUGAUUCAUCAGAUCCUGAGUCACCACCGCACCCUAGAGGCCAAAUGGCAUCAGGAAAGGCUACGAUUGCAUCAGACCCUGGCUCUUAGACUCUUCCAAGAAGAUGUGAAGCAGGUCUUGGACUGGCUGAAAAAUCAUGGCGAAGUUUUCCUUAGGAAAAAUACGGGUAUAGGCAGAAACUUCCACAAGGCCCGCGUUUAUCAGACCUCGCACGAUAACUUUGAGAACGUUGCACAGAACACUUAUAGUAACGCCCAAAAACUCCUGGCAGCUGCGGACGAAUUGGCUAGAAGUGGCGAAGCCGAUCCCAAUGAGAUAUACUCUGUGGCCAGGGAAUUGGAACUUCAAGUGGGCAGCUUUGCGGAGCGAGUGGAGCAAAGGAGACGCCGCUUGGAUAUGGCUGUAAUAUUCUACACCCAUGAAAAGGACGUGACCGCCUGGAUAGACAAACUUCGAACCGAUGUGAGCACGGAUGAAACGCGUCUUUCGCAGGAGAACCUCGAGGGCAUUGAACGCAUAUUGCAGCAAUACCAGAGGGAUCAGCAGGAGAGCUCCGUCAAUGUCUGCCUUACAACCAUCUCUCAGGGUGAAGCUCUGCUGCAGGAAAUGCGAUCCCUGGAGUAUGCCGACAAUACGGGUUCCAUUGCCGCUCUCGAGGCUACCCUGGAGAAGUUGAACAAACAGAAAGUGGAGUUGGAGGAGCUCUGGUCCGCCCGCAAGUUUCGCGCCGAUCUCAUACUGCGUUUGCGCUACUUUGAGCGUGAUGCCAGAUUGCUGUCCGUGCAAAUGGAGAUAUGGUCUGAAGAGCUCCAGCACGCUGACCUCUCCAGGGACUACCAAAAGGCCGAACAACUUAUUCGCAUGCACAACGAAUCGGUGACGGAAAUACAGAACGCCACCUACGAGGUCGUGCAGCAGGGUCAGGACCUGCUGCAGCUCUUUGAGAACGCUGGCUUCAUCUCCAUGGCGGAUGCCACGCACACGGCUCAGGCUAGGAUUGAAUAUCUGCUGGACUUCUUGCGGGAACGGGAGAUCGAUCUGGAGGAGAUGUCCGAGGCUAAGCGGGCCAAGCUUGAGCAAGCGGUGCAGCUAUGUCAAUUCCAGAACGAUGCCAACCAGGUUAUAUCGUGGAUCCGCAAUGGAGAAGCCAUGCUGGUGGCUAGCUUCGUUACGCCCAACAGUUUGCAGGAGGCCGAGCAGCUACGCAAGGGUCAUGAGCAGUUCCAGAUCGCCAUCGAGAAGACGCACACAUCGGCGGUGCAGGUUAAGUACCGAGCAGACGCCCUCAUCAAUGCCAACCAUUACGACCCGCUAUCCAUCGAUGAAAUCAGCGACGAUGUGACGAAGAAGUGGCAGCAGCUGGUGACCUACGCGGAGGAGCGGCACAAACUGGUGACCGCCUCGAUAAACUUCUACAAGACAGCCGAGCAGGUGUGCUCGGUGCUGGACAGUUUAGAGCGGGAGUACAAACGCGAGGACGACUGGUGUGACGGUGGUGGAGGCAGCGACAAAGCUCAAGCCAUUGUCCAGUUGAUCUCCAAACAUCAGGAGCAGAAGGAGGCUUUCCUGAAGGCCUGUACCUUGGCGCGUCGCACGGCGGAGACUUUUCUAAAGUACGCUAACCGAUCGCAGCAGUGCUAUCAGUAUAAAGGAAACUGCGAAGGCCAUGUGAAGAGCAAACUGGAUAAGCUAUUGACUCAGGAAAAUCAAGUUCUGGAUUACUGGACGCUGCGCAAGAAAUCCCUGGAUCAGUGUCAGCAGUUCGUUCUCUUUGAAAGAAGUGCCAAACAGGCGAUCGAAUGGAUUCACAACACCGGAGAAGCGUAUCUCUCCUCUAGAUCCAAUCUGGUGGGCAUAAGCAAGGAGGAAACAGAAGGCUUGCUUAAAGAGCAUAAUGAAUUCCGAAGCACUGCUAAGGAGACUCGCGAAAGGGUCAAACUUCUGAUCCAACUAGCUGAUAGUUUGGUGGAGAAGGGUCAUGCCCAUGCCAGCGAUAUCAAGCAAUGGGUGGCGUCCGUGGAUCAGCGGUACAAGGACUUCAGCAACCGCAUGGACAGCUACUGCGAGCAGUUGGAGAAGUCUUUGGGCAUGUCCCAGCAGCAGUUGCUUCUGGGCUCCGAUGGAAAUAGUUCGAUCAGUUCCUCCUCUGGAGAUCGUCAUUCGGAUCCCACGCUGGAAGCCAAGCUGAACAGCAGCAAUAAGGAGAACAAGGAGAUAAACGAGGAGAAGCGCAAGUCAGCGAGGAGGAAAGAGUUCAUCAUGGCUGAACUCAUGCAAACGGAGAGGGCGUAUGUUAAUGAUCUGGCCACUUGCAUCAAGUGUUUCCUUGAGGAAUUCCGAGUGGGAAAAAAUGUACCUCCUGCCCUCAUUGGUCAGGAAGAUGUGAUAUUCGGCAACAUCAGGGAAAUACACCACUUCCAUCAGAAGAUUUUCCUGCGAGAGCUGGAGAAAUACGAAACAAGGCCUGAGGAUGUGGGCCAUUGCUUUGUGACCUGGGCCUCCAAGUUCGAUAUGUAUGUGCAUUACUGCAAGAACAAGCCCACAUCGAAUAAUUUGCUGGUCCAGCACGGCGGCAGUUUCUUUGAAGAACUACAGCGGCGCCUGGAGGUGGAUCAUCCCCUGCCCGCCUAUCUCAUUAAACCCGUGCAGCGGAUCACCAAAUACCAGCUGUUACUUAAGGAUCUCCUUUCCUGCUGCGAGGAGAGCCACGGCGAAAUCAAAGAAGGCCUCGAGGUGAUGCUCAAUGUCCCCAAGAAGGCCAACGAUGCCAUGCAUCUUUCGCUGCUGGAAAACUGUGAUGUCUCCGUAGACAAACUGGGCGAAGUUGUGCUGCAGGAUGCCUUCCAAGCCUGGGACACCAAGCAAAUCAUCCGUAAGGGCAGAGAGCGCCGAGUCUUCUUAUUUGAGUUGUACCUCCUGUUUGCCAAGGAGGUAAAGGAGUCCAACGUGGUCAAGUAUCAGUUCAAAAGCAAACUCAUGACCACCGACAUGGGCAUCACGGAGCACAUCGAAGGCGAUGAGACCAAGUUUGCCGUGUGGACGGGUCGUUCACCCAUGCUCUCGGAUUGCAGGAUCGUGCUGAAGGCAACGAGCUUGGAGACCAAGCAGAUCUGGGUUAAGAAGCUGCGCGAAGUCAUGCAGGAGACUUGCUUCUCGGGCACCUCGUUAACUUUGCCCAAGUCUCCAGCUAAACACUCGGGCUCCUCGCAGAGAUCCUCGCGGGACUUGGAUGAACAGCUCACGGAAAACGAUCAUGAUCGCUGUUCGCUGGCUAGCUUCGGAUCGGGUAAUACCACAGAUAGUGAUAAUAAGCUGGGCAACCAGGAGGCCACCUGGGUGGUGGCGGACUACAUCGCCACCUCGGGCAGCAAUGAGCUGAGCGUCACCAAGGGGCAGCAGGUGGAGAUUGUGGAGCCGCCCACCGCCGGAGAGCCGGACUUCUGCCUGGUGCGCCUGAAUCCGCAGCACGACGAUGCCGCCGUGCAGGAAGGACUCGUUCCAGUCUCAGUGCUCAAACCGCCGCCGGGCUCACACAAGCACGGUUCCGGAACCGCAGCGAAUGCAGCCGCAGCAGCGGGCUCCCAGAAAUCCGACAUGCAGGAUCAGAGCAAUCGCAGCAAGGCGGAUGCCCUCUCAUCGUCCACUAAGCGUCGCGGUUUCAGCGGGCGCAACUGGCUGCCGCUGAUGAAUCGCAAGGGAACGGACAAGCCGCCCAGUAGCAAACCGCUGGUGAAGAAGCCCUCGGAGAAAAACCUGAGAACACCCCAGAAGCACGCCGAGGAGCUGGCCGAGCAGCAGAGCCAGCAGCCAGGUGCCAGUCCCGCCAGCGUGCUGCCAUCGUCGCAGUUCCCCGGCUCCAGCCAGCAUCCAGGAGCAGCCGGAGCCGGAGAUUUCGAGCCGGACGAGGAGGUCGGCCUCGAGCUGCCGCCGCCCAUGAAACCCAUCCAGGAGCCGCACCUGAUUGCCAACGGACCGCCCGCCUUUGCCAAGGACGCCAAGGAGAGCUCGGGCAACAUGGCCAGUCCCGGCAAAAUGGACGGCAAUCCACUUUCGGAAAUAGAAGAAAUUGUCAAGACGACAACGGAGCAGCACGAGUCCAACAGUCGCGUGGAUGGCGGCGGAGGAGUGGAAAAUGUCAGCACAAACGGCCACGGUCGAUCCCACGACAACAAUGAUGAGAGCCACUCCGCCGUGUCCGACAAGGCUGCGGCCCUCAAAAAGCGGCAAUGCGUCUUCGCGGAGCUGAUGUCCACGGAGGAGGCAUAUGUACAGGAUCUGCAUGAGAUCGUCAAUGGUUACAUGACGGAGAUUAACAACACGAACAGUGAUAUACCCAUGCCCGAGGACCUGAAGGGCGGCAAAAUGAAGUUGGUCUUCAACAAUAUUAAAGACAUCUACGAGUGGCACAGGGACUUCUUCCUGAGAGCCCUGCGCAACUGCCAGAAGUCGCCGGCGGACCUGGGUCCGCUCAUCAAGCGCUCGGCCACCAAGUUCGCUCUGUACUACACCUACUGCAGUAACAAACCGCUGUCUGAAUACAUAGUCAGCGCCCACUAUCAGUAUUUCGAUUGCAUACGUCAGAAGCUGGGACAUCGCCUGGAUCUGAGCAACCUUAUCAUCAAGCCGGUGCAGCGAAUCACUAAGUACGAGCUGCUCAUCAAGGAGAUCAUCAAGGCCACCGAGGGAGCCGGCCUGUACAAGGAGGUGCCCAUGCUGCAGGAGGCCUACCAGCAGAUGAAGGUGGUCGUCAAGACGGUCAACGACAUGAUGGUGGUGCUGCGCAGCCUGCAGGACUUCGAUGGCGAGAUAACCGCCCAAGGCAGCCUGCUGAUGCAGGGACCCAUGAACUGCGUGGUGGAUGCGGCGCAGAAGCACCGCGAGCUGCAGGUGUUCCUCUUCCAGCAGAUCAUCAUCUUUGCGGAUAUCGAGAAGACCAAGAACCAGUACGCCAGUCCCAUAUUCAAAUACAGAUCGCACAUACAGCUGAAUCACAUGCAAAUGAAGGAACUGGGCGACUGCCGCUUCCAAAUCAGGUCGACGGACCCCAAGAUCCCCGAGAUGACGAUCAUCUGCCAGGCGGCGUCGCAGGAGAACUACGCGGGUUGGCGCGAUAUGCUGAACAAGAUACUGCAGCAGCAGAACGACCUGAUCUUCAUGCUCUCCAAUCCCCUGUCAACCAAAAACAAAUGAACGCCGUUGGCGUCAGAAUUCCAAAUGAUAAGGCAGGAAAGCUUAAAUGCUUGAAAGCAAGCAAGAACCACAAACGAAAGUAUGAGAAAAUGAUAUUGAAAUGUGUUUUGGGCAAAGGUGCCCCGCCACCCAGUGAGCAUUAGCCUCGCACUUGUUUUCCGUCUGUGCGGAUAGUUUGUUUACGGAUAGUUUUGCUCACUCACACCCAGAACACCCAAACACUCGCAUACUCAAUCCUAAUUUGUAUGUAACUUGUAAUUGUAAUUUAUUUAUUCGUCAUCAACUGCGUUUCCGUUCAGUCCACCUUUAGAUUAUAGUUUGAGUCGACUUCUGUUCAUUUAGCUGUUGCUUUCGAUUCCGGAUUUGUGUGUAUGAAACGCAAAGUAUUAUAUGCUCAAGAUUACCUUUGACAUUGUGUGCAUUUUUAACUUAAUUAGACUCCUUUGCUCUUAGUUUUACUUUUCCGAGUCUGAUUUACUACGAUCCGCAGCCGAGAACUACUCAGAAUCAAAAGCAAUUUACAUUUCGUUUUCGUUUCGUAUUUUUAUUCGCAUUAAACGCAGAGUAAGAGUAUAACUAUUCUAGCCUUAGUUCGGUACAUAGUUUUAGUUAAGCUGCUAAACGUUAUUCAUAGUUUAAACUUUAGUAACUUGAUUUGCUUUGCGUAACUAGAGCAGAGAUUCGUGUAAUGGCACUCGUUCGAGUGCAGCAACUUCGUGAAAUAAUUUAAGCAAAACUUUAGUUUUUUAAUGCAAUGCAAAGCGUAUUUGUACUUUAUGAUUUACAAAUAAAAUAUGUAAGCUUUAAACGUAAUCAAAACCAGAAA